AUCGGGCACGCGAGCAGCGUUCCCGAUGGGAGUAGCCCCCGAGGCUACAGCCAAGGACUUGUACUUGGGUGUAGGCUCCACGCCUUAUGCCGCUAUAUUUUCUUUUAUCUCCCGAAGUUUUAUAAUUUCUCGGGUGCGCGAACAGCGCUCCCAAUAGGAGUAGCCCCCGAGGCUAUGAACAAAUAUUUGUAUUUGGUCAUAGGCUCACGCCAUUUCUAUCUUGUCAUUCUGGAUCUUUUCCUUUUUUCCAAAGUAGCCCCCGAGCAUUUGAUCAAAAACUUGUAUUUGAUCAAAGGCCCAGCAUUAUUUUUCCGUGUCGCCUUUUAUGAAGCUGUUGAGUCGAAUUUUUUCUUCUGCCAAGGUGACGUUAUUGCUGACGAUAGCCACGAUUGCUAGUCAGAAAUUUGCGACAAGUCUUUUCUCACUGCCAUGCGGGCCCAAUUGAUCCACUAUCGUGACACGUCGUGCAAGUGGGGGACACACGUCCUCCGCUUUUUCUGGCGCACGCACCGUAACUUCCCCAACGUUGAAUUACUUUUUUACCCUUGUUGCCACGUGGCUAUCAUCUGUCACACAUUUUCCUUAUCCAACGGUUCGUCGUUUCACCGCACCCCUAUAUAAGAUCGUCUUCUUCCUCCUUGAGCACUUCCGCUCGCGCCGUCCUCCUUCUCUCAUCUGCAAAUUUCCUCCUGCGAUCCACAACCUCCUAAGCUCCUCGCCUCCAAGCUGCAAAUCCUGCGCCAUUGUUGAUGCCACCUCGUCGAUUGACAAGGCACAGUACGCCGGAGUCCUCCAUGGCCGCCGUGGAUCUUGGGGCGGCGGAGUGGGAAAGAUCGAAGAUUUCCACUCAAGACAUCAACAUGCUCAAAAAGCUGGGGAUCAGCAAGAAACCCAAGGCACCGUGCUUCCCCAGUGAGGAAAGCUACCCAACCCCUCCAAUGGGGUACCGGGUAAGUUUUGUCGACCACCUCAUCCGCGGUCUUUCCGCCCCCAUUCAUCCUUUUCUCCGUGGACUUCUUUUUAUCUACGGUCUGCAACUCCAGCACCUCACGCCAAAUUCAAUCCUCCAUAUCUCCAUUUUCAUCACUUUGUGCGAGGCCUUCCUUGGCGUCCAGCCUAACUGGGCGCUAUGGAAGCGCAUUUUCUUCUGCCGCCGUAAUGGCUCGCCCAAUGUCGCCUAUAAUAUAGGCGGCGUUGUAAUUUCUGUUCGGCCCACUGUCGACUACUUCGACGUCAAGCUUCCUGACUCAGUUCAAGGAUGGCGCAAGAAGUGGUUGUACAUUCAGGAGGAGAACCAUGGAUGUGCGGAGGACAACAUCCCUCCUUUUGAUGGCGCCGAGAAAAUCUUUCGCCGCCGCUCCUGGGACGCGGAGGUCACCGAAGAAGAAAGGGCGUCGACAGAAACCUUGAUGGCUCGUAUCCACGAGUUGCAAAAUACUCGCGGCAAAGAGUUAUCGGGUGUCCAAAUCACUGCAUACUUUCUUAGGACUAGAGUGCAGCCGCUUCAGGCUCGCAAAUAUCCUCUCUGGAAAUAUGCCGGCGACAAGGACGUAGAUCGGCUGUCGGUGAAUUUGGAGGUCAAGGAUUUAGAAAAACUUGUCCGAAAAAUUUCAUCUCUCAGCAAAAAAGAUGCUAUCCCUUCUUCUUGCCGUGUGACACCAUUCAGCGCCGCCAAUCCACUUUCCAAGAAUCAUCCAGACCUUGUCUCACUUCCUCCUCUUCCUGAAGGUGGAGAAGUCGAAGAAAGGGCCAUUGUCACUGAUGACAAUCAAGAAGCUCCGUCUUUUGUGAAUGAACCCGUGGAUUCUCGAAAAUCUGCGGGAUCUUCCGAAGGCACUGCGUCGGCACUAUCUCCUCCUCCCGCUGUUUCUCCAAAAGGCAAAAGGAAGAGGAAUGACGUCGAAGAUUCCGGCACUUCCAAAGCCGAAGAAGUUGAUCCUUCACGUCAGAAGGCAACUUAUGAUCCUUAUCUUGAAUCCCUCGUCAGCUCCGAUGAUGAGGAAGAAGUACCAACUUUUGACGUGGCUCCGCGGACGAGCACGUCACAUACUUUACUUGUCUCGGAUACGCCAGUUGAAGGAGAAGAAUCUUCGCCUCCUCAACAAAACGUCGUCACCACUACUCCGCCUUCAAGCCCCCUUGCUCCUUCACCAAAAAGGACAAGGAUUGAAACGAUCAUUGAGCCUGCCCCUCAAUUGGGUAGCUCUUCUACUCCGCUCUUGGAUGAUCCCAUGAUCAAAGAGCUUAUUCGCAUCGGAUCCCAAUUCAUUGGGUACCGUGAGUAUGCCAGCAGAACUGAAGAGAAACUUGCAGAGGCCAACAAGCUUGCCGACACUCUUGCUCAAAAACUGGAGCAAAGUGAAGCGGCCCGCAAGAAAGCCGAACUUGUUGCUAGCGAAGCCAAAGCGGAGGCUAAUGAAGCCAAGGCAAAAGCUGCUAGUGUCGAGGAACUGCAGAAGAGACUUGAGGAUACUGAAACUGCUUUAAACGAGCACAAAGCCGCACAGGCUACUCGUGAAAAGGGGAUCCUCAAGCGCCUGAAUUCGCAAAAUCGGCGCUUCCAAGGCCAAACAAACCAAGAGUUUGAUCUGGAGAAUCCCGACAAUGAUCCUCUCCUUGACGCACUUUCUUAUUUGGAGUUUCAUGGAUCCGAAAUUCGUGAAGGCGUGGUGAAUGCUGACGCAGGAUUGUCGAAGCUAUUCCCCUACUUCUUCCCGAAGAAAGAGGAGCCCAAGACUUUCCUUGCCCUUGCCCAGAGCUUCAAUCCAUCAGAGGACCUUGGGCUGAAAAUGCGCCAGGAGAACAUGAAGAUUGCUGUCGAGAGCACUGUUGCCUUGGUCGCUGACAGCCAACAAACUGUUGACUGGAUGAAGGUUGGCGACACCGAGCAGAUAGAGCAAACAAAAUGGCGGUCUUUGAUCAAGGCAGCCAAGCCCAAUACGAAGAAAAUUCUGGCCUAUCUCGGGAUCAAGCCAUCUUCAACUCCUAGCUCAUCGAGGCCGGAGGUCUAGUUGCAUGCCUCUUUGUUUUUUGCUUUCUCUGUCUCUUUUGCCCUUGUCGCCAAUUUAGCUGUGGCGACAAUUAUCCUGGUAGUCCUUUUGGAGAAACUUCUUUUGUAAUGUCUAUGUAAAUUUUUCUAGAAAUUAAUGAAAUUCCU